AUGGUCGAGACGAGUGACCACCAAGCGUUCCAGCUGCACCCAACCCACGGCUCGCCACCUCAAGGACCUGUUGUGAAUAUCGAAGUCUGCACCGAUGUCUCCACAGGUGAAAAGUUCAUCUUUUGGGAAGACAUCGAGACAUUCUUCCCUAGACUACAAAGCAUUCGCCGUGACAAUAUCAUGAUCACUUUCAUGAGGGACAACCAUGGACACCGGUACAAUCCCGUCAGGAUCAAGCAUUACCCUGGGGUAACUCUAAGCGUCACUGUCUCAAACAACAACACAACCAUUCGUGAUGACGACAGCACGAGCAACUCUCAACCACCUAGCUAUAUUUCAACACUUCCGGAUUUCUCUGCUCCAACCGCCGCUGCCGUUACUGGACAUACGCCAAGAGCACCUCAGCUGUGGGAAAUCGACACUCCUACGCACCAAAUGGAAGAGCUGCUGCCAACACGGAACGUCUCGACAGGACGGUCAGGACCACAUAUACUGCUCACCUCGUCAACCUCAACCGAUAUCCCACCACUUUUCAUUGUACUACCUGACCCUUUGAGGGAGCGACCGUCUGAGAGGAAAUUUCGACUGUUCUUCCUCUGCGAAGGUGGAAGCCAGACUCAAUUCCGACGACUUUGCAACAACACGGAUGAGGUCGUUCCUGGACAUCCUCACGUCUGCGGUCAUGAAGGGUAUCAACUAGAGCGACUUGACGACUUUUCUCGGCAGUAUGGAUCCUACGCGCUGAAUGUGCUAGAGAGUAUCAAGUAUGGAUAUCCACUCCGUGACCAGGUGAUCUCUUCGCCCAAGGAUAUUGAGCCCCUUAGGAUCUUGCGCGAGGGUCGAGAUGGUAUAGAAUACCACAGGAUGAACUGUGGAGACAUUGCAGCCGGGGUCGAUGAGGACAUCAAGUACCUUCGACCGGGUCGCACAAGUAGCCGCGAGGCCUUCAAGAGACGAGCUGCAGCAGGAGGAAUGAGGUCAAUGACGACAGAGGAUCUCAGCGGCGUGCGAUUAUUUCUAAAAGAUGUCAGGGAGUUUGAGACCAUCUCUCCAGACGGCAGUGGGGGACUUGGGUACUUGACAAAGGGAGCAACACCGACGGGACAGACGACAUGGCUCUGCUACACCCUCCACCAAGCCAUAUACGACACCAACGCCUUGGUGAUGGUCAAGAGAGCCAUUGCUGGAAGUUUCGAUUACGACGAGGGCAUCCUGAAGCUGAUCACAUUCUCGGGACCACAUACAGGAGCGACUUUGACAGGAUUGCUCAGAGCGCUCUCAAGCACGAGCCUGGUGACGGAGCUGGACCUCGAGUUGGACCAGGAGUUGACUUAUAAGAAUCUCAAGCAGCUGAAGGACACCAUCUUUGGCAUGAAGCGCUUGCGUAGGUUAAAUCUCAACCUUGCCAAUCGCGGUGGACCGAUCUCCGAUAUUUUCAACCUUGGCAAGCGAGGGGACGCUUUGGCCGAGAUCCUUACCUCCGGCACCUUACAAGCUGUCUCCUUCCGUCAGGUCGAGUGGUUCUUCACAAAGUCGAGCACGUUUGCAGCACUAGAGAGGAUCAACCUCUCCGAGAUUCAUCUGGAAGCCAACUUUGAGCCCAAGACCCACACCCAAAAGCUGAAGAAUCUCCUUCACAGGUGUUCCAAACUAGAGGUUCUCGAACUCUGGUGUUCUGAUGGUCACUUUGGCGACACCAUUGACAUAGUGAAGAGCAUCUUUCAAGGCCAGGAUACGUUUAGAUUCCUCUAUCUCAACAGUCCUCACUUCAAGGCAGCCUUCGAUAGAGUCUACAUUGACCCCCAGGUCAGUGCCCUUCCUCCUCGAAUCAAGUUCCCUGCCAACUCCUCGCGAAGCGCUGAGAUGAGAGUCCUGCAUCGGUUCGGGUCCUUGAUCCAUACGUUUGCCAUUGACGAUACGACCACGGACGAGGAGAUUGUCAUUUUGCGGGACUGUAUUCAGCAACAAGGUAGCAAGCUCGGUAGAGUCGACAUUGUCAUAUCUCCUUCGACCAGCCGGCUCACAAAUAUCGACGUCCUACAAUCUGCCAUCCUCACCAUCAACAAUCCCGCUGCUGCCAACCGGACUGGCUCCCCUGAUAAGCAAUUGGAUCGCUCGGCUGGUACAUCGACCAACUCGGGAGUCGCAUGCUCAGUCGCCUUCAAGUCCUCCGAUAUCCUGACUGACAAACGGGCGCAUUUUGUCGGAGCAGUUUUCCCUUGCCUCAUUUCCCUAGAACUGGAGAUGUCGGACAGCUCAACCCCUUACCCCUACGGAAUAGGCCAAGAACUUUCUGCUCUCAAAACCUACACUUCUCGCGGUACUGAGCGCGUCCUCAGCAGUCCCAAGGCCCAGGAACUCACCCAAAUUGUCUCUCAGAGUCCUUUAUUGACAUCCCUCAGCUUGAGGUACACGCAUCUCGACUCCAAGGACUGGGAGGUUGUUCUGGAGACUCUGGACUACCGAAGACUCGAGUUAUUGAAUUUGAAUUUCACCAACUUUUCAGACGUACAGGCAAUAAUCUUAGUGGAUCGACUGGAGGAAUCAUCGUCGUUGCCAGUUCUGGGUGAGAUUCGGAUACAGUUCGUUCCGAUGGGCCGCGUUGCGCGACACGCGUUCAAGAAGCGAAUGGAGUUGAUACUGCCCAAUUGCAGGGUGAACAUGCAGUCAUGA